AUGCAGAUUGUGUUGCAGGAGUGCCUCUACGUGCCCGAGGGCCAGGCCAACCUCAUCGCCCUCGGUCGUCUGACCAGGGACAGCAGCGGCAGGCCAACGGGCCACUCGCAGCGUGAUGGCGCUGAUGGACACUACGUGCGCUUCAGCCACGGAGCCGAGGUCAAGCUGAAGGAGCGCAACAGCCUCCGAUGCUGGCCCAUUGUUGCUGUUGGUCCACCCACAGCACACGGACUCACCAACGAUGCCUGCAAGCAACCACAGCAACACGCAGCAGCUCCUGCAGCCCAGAGCAAGGCACACACACCAUCGAUGCAUGAUGUGCUUGGCCACCGCAACGACAACGACGUGCAGCAGUACUGCAAGCUGAUGGGCAUCGACGAUCGCAACGCCAUCAGCAGCAAGCAGUGUACAACGUGCGCAGUCACCAAGAGCACUCGUCACAGCGUCAGCAAGCACGCGGAGCGCACACAGGUUGCCCGGCGAGCGCAUUCACGCCGACAUCGUCGACUGGACCGCGGACUCGCCCCACGAAACAAGCGCUACAGCCUUCGUCAUCGUCGAUGA